UGGCACAACUCCUGGUAUCAGAACCCACUUCGGGCCACUCAGACGGAGAUGCUGCGUCAAGAGAAGCGAGGCAAAGAAGUGCGACUCGGGAGCCUGGCGAGAUCGCCGCGGACUCGCAGAGGAGGCGGGGAGACGCCAAGUAGCCAGGCACCGGUGACAGCGCACGCCAAUAUUCAGGAUUCUUCUCCUUUCCAAACCCGGCAGUUCCCGGGCAGGAGCAAAAAGGGGGAUGGGGGACCCACAGUCCCUUUAAACCGCACCCCCCCACCCCCGUGUCUGCCAACCUUUUCCGAAUUCCCGUGUCACAGAACUUCCUCAUCAUGGAAACUUCCACUCGGUUCGGCGCCGAGGAUGCCAAACUCCAUUUCACAAGGAGCCUGUCAACAGCCGGGUUGGGGUUUGAGACACAGAGCCGCUGCGAGGGGAGCGGGCACCCAGCUCUGCCACGGCCCACGCCGUGGCUCCGGGAGCGCCGCUGCGCGCUGCCCCGGCGCCAGAGGGCACAUCCUCCCAGACCCGGGGCGCAGAAACCCCGCGGAGGCAGCUUCUGGGAGGCAUCCCACGGAAAGGGGGCGAGAUGCCACCACCCCUGCAGACAGCAUUAACUACCACUGUCAGGAAAUUAGAAACCGUUCCAAGCGCCUGAUGUACAGUUUCAGGGAGCUUCCCCAGGCGAGUGGAAGACCCCAAGGCUCUCUGGCCAGAGGAGGGACCUCUCCCUUGAAAUUCCAGGGAUCCUAUUUCCCCUCCGUCCUUGGCGAUACAUCCGUGUUUUCUUCUUUACUCGUAAUAAGGCUGCGCCAUAGGACUUGCAGGUUUGUGGCUGGGGGCCCCCUGGUGGCUAACUGUGAGUGAAAACGUUGGCCACUGAAGAAAACAGCCUGGCCCUGAUCGGCCACAACAGUUGACUGGUCAUGGCAGGGGCCCAAGAGCUGGUAAACAACUUUUGUAAUAAGGCCAGACGGUGGAGGUGCUGGUGGUGGUGGUGGUGGUGUGUAGAUAAGGGUGAUGUCAAUCUUCCAUCUGAAAGGUGCACGAUAGGCCUUAAAGACUGCUGGAACUUUUUAUUUUUUUCUCUUCUUGAGUAUAACUUGGAGCUAAAUUCCUUCCUAAGUAGGAAAUGCGGUACAGAGAAUGAAUUAUAACAAACACUGUUGCUUCCCGUUGUUCAAACGGCUUUGCCUUUCUGAUCUCAUUUGGCCUGGAAACUUCUGAAGUACCGAGUAAAUUAAAACAUUAAAUAAAUAAUGUGGCAUGACUCAAACAAUUCAUGCGACUGUGAUUGUAAUAAUGUUUUAGAACAAUGGGGAGGACAAUUUUAAUGCGACGUUAUUGAAACAACAUGAACUGCUAGGAUUCCAGUUGAACGGGCCCUCGAAGGGCAGUCUCACAGGCUGCAUGAUGGUAACAAA